GUUGGUUGGUUUUUCCAUGGCAAGUUUUACCAUGCAUUUGCCAGGGAGUCUUGUCUCCUUCUGGGGCAGAAAGUAAUGUGUGCUAUAAAUAGUCCCGUCAGUAUCAUUGUCAGUGCGCUGCUCAUUGUCUUGGACAGUCAGUGUCAUUGUCGGAGGCGCUACGGGCGACUCAGGCGCAUUCCCACAUAUUAUCAUGAACGGAGCCCAACCUGGCUGACAUCAUUGCGUCUGGCGAUAUAGAUAGAUCCGUAGUACCUCCUCCUUUCUCCUCACAUCCAUUUGGAGCCGCCUGCGUGUGUAGUCAGUGGCACUUAAUCACAGAGCGCACCAAGGAAGGAGGCGGACCGUCGGGCGUGAACGAAAUAGUACGGGUGAACCGGAGAGGCGUCAGUGAGCGGGACAGCGCGGAAAGAGGAGCUAUCCAGGGGACGCUUUUCAGCAGCCGCUCUUGGGUUUUCUCCGAUUUUUUUUAUCCCUCGCUGGAUCAGGCGUUGUAGUUUCAUCUCCGUCCCGCUCAUCUGGUUUCGCUCCCCUCCCCUGCACCGCGUCCGACUCGUUCGCCGCCAGCGCUUCCUUGGAGAUGUCCAAAAAACGACCAGCCGAGCCGGAGUCCCGGGUGAAACAUCAUCAAGCAGCUCUGGGCAACAUGACUCGCCUCCCCGGUUUCUCCCCGGAGUCUGUAGAAUGAAGACGGCUUGAGUAAAGUCCAGAGCAGAGCGCAAAGAUGUCGGUGCCUUUGCUGAAGAUCGGCGUCGUGCUGAGCACCAUGGCGAUGAUUACCAACUGGAUGUCGCAGACCCUCCCCUCCCUGGUGGGGCUCAAUACCACCAAGCUCACGGCGGCGCAGGGAGGGUACCCAGACCGGAGCACGGGAGUGUUGCCAGCAAAUCCAGAGGAGUCGUGGCAGGUGUACAGUUCAGCCCAGGAUAGCGAGGGGAGGUGUGUCUGCACUGUGGUGGCGCCCCAGCAGUCCAUGUGCUCACGGGAUGCCCGCACCAAACAACUGAGGCAGCUGUUGGAGAAGGUCCAGAACAUGACCCAGUCCAUCCAGGUGCUGGACCAGCGCACCCAGAGGGACCUGCAGUACGUAGAGAAGAUGGAGGUUCAGCUCCGCGGUCUGGAGACCAAGUUCAGGCAGGUGGAGGAGAAUCACAAGCAGAACAUCGCCAAGCAAUACAAGGCCAUAAAAGCGAAAAUGGAGGAGCUUAGACCGUUGAUACCAGUGUUGGAGGAGUACAAAGCCGAUGCCAAAUUGGUAUUGCAGUUUAAGGAGGAGGUCCAGAAUCUGACGUCAGUUCUAAGCGAACUUCAGGAGGAGAUGGGGGCCUAUGACUACGAGGAGCUCCACAACAGAGUGUCAAAUCUUGAGGAGAGACUCCGAGCAUGCAUGCAAAAAUUAGCGUGCGGCAAGCUGACGGGCAUCAGCGAUCCCAUCACCAUCAAGACGUCCGGAUCCAGGUUCGGCUCCUGGAUGACUGACCCUCUGGCGCCCGAGGGAGACACUCGGGUCUGGUACAUGGACGGUUACCAUAACAACCGCUUCGUGAGGGAGUACAGGUCCAUGCAGGACUUCAUGACGUCGGACAACUUCACGUCCCACCGGCUGCCCCACCCGUGGUCGGGGACGGGUCAGGUGGUCUACAACGGCUCCAUCUACUUCAACAAGUUCCAGAGCCACGUCAUCAUCAAGUUCGACUUCCGCACCUCCUCCAUCAGCAAGUCCCGGCAGCUCGACUACGCCGGCUUCAACAACGCGUACCACUACGCCUGGGGGGGCCACUCCGACAUCGACCUGAUGGUGGACGAGGGGGGCCUGUGGGCCGUCUACGCCACCAACCAGAACGCUGGCAACAUCGUGAUCAGCAAGCUGAACCCCAACACUCUGCAGAUCGUCAAGAGCUGGACCACCAACCACCCCAAGAGGAGCGCCGGCGAGUCUUUCAUGAUCUGCGGCACGCUCUACGUCACCAACGGCUACUCGGGAGGCACCAAGGUCUACUACGCCUACUCCACCAACUCCUCCACGUACGAGUACAUCGACAUUGCCUUCCAGAAUAAGUACUCGCACAUCUCCAUGCUGGACUACAACCCGCGUGACCGCGCCCUCUACGCUUGGAACAAUGGCCACCAGGUGCUCUACAACGUCACGCUGUUCCACGUCAUCCGCUCGGAGGAGCUGUAGCCGCGGAGAUGGAUUUAAAACCGUAAAUGUCGUCCGUGUAGAAAAUCUCACUAUAUACAAAAAAUAUAUCUGCGAAAGAAAAGACUCUAUGGCAAGACUAUUCUAUUUAUAGUAUCAAAGAAGCGAGAAGAGAGACUGCAUCAACGAUGAAUGCAAACGUGGACUGAAUGUGCAUAAAUAAAAAAAAAAUAUCUCAGAUUGAAGGGUUUCAUUCCAAAAUAUAAACUAUUUAUUAAAGCAAAUAUAUAUAUAUAUACACAUAUAUAUAUAAAAUGCUAUAUCGGUUAAGGUCCGAGGUGAUUGUCAGAAAAACAAAACUGUUUUGUAAAUACAGGCUGAAAUCCGACUUUAAUGUCAUUUUAAUAGCCGCCAUCCUUUUGUUAGAGGUUAUUUCAUUUUGGAAUGAAACUCUUUGAUCGUUUGCCGUGUAGAAAAUGAUUGUAAAAGUAGAGCAUAUAUCAGAUUCAAAACAAAAAAAAACUAACAAAAAAGAGUAAGAACAGAUGCCAAAAAGAAAAAAAAAGAGAAUCAUCACGCCUUUUUUUUUUAUAUAACAGAAUAUCAACAUAAGCUCAUUCCUUGAGGCUCCGGUUCUUCUGCCAAAAAAAAAAAAAAAUAAUAAUAAUGAUAAUAAUAAUCCUCCCGGCUGAACUUUUCUUUUGGUCAACGGGGAUCCAGAAAGAAAGACUGUCGUUAAUAAACUGUCGGAUCCCCGGGUCCCAUGAACUAAAGUCUAGGAGGAGGAGGAGGAGGAGGAGGAGGAGUCUAGUGGGACGACUGGCUAGCCUAAUGGGUGCGGCCUGUCAUAUCAAUAUCGUUUUUAUCAAGUUCAGUAGCAAAUCAAAAGUCUGUAGAGAACAACAAUAACACCCACUAAAAGACCUGAAGGCACUGACUGUUGACAGCGCUGUUGUUUGACAUAAUUUUUUCCUGUGUUGGUGACUAUGUGUGAAAAAGCCUUUCUUUGCAUGAGUGUUUUUCUAUCACUCCGGUCUGCUCUUCUGAAUGUCUUUUGCUGUAGUGUAGUAUCUUAAAUAAAAAAAGGGGAGGUAGACGGAUAGGGAUAGGGUAGUGUGUGCGGGAGGGGGAGCGGGGGGAGGGGUAACAACGUGGAACACCUUUUUGGGAUUUGAGGAUCCGCGCCGAUAUUCACUUUUCUUUCCGUGCCCCUUUUCGUUCGGUUCCCUGUUUUGUUCGUUUCGAUUUCUUUGCGAACUUUUAAUUUAUUUAUUUAUUAAAUGUUCUUGUAUCACUGUAACUGUUGGCACCGUUUCUGCCUCUGUAUUUGUUUAUUCGGACUGCGUGGGCGGAAUCUAUCUCGCUCACGUCUAUCCGAAGAAGAAGAAGAAGAAAAAGACAACAACAACAAAAAAAAAAUCAAACAAGAAUGUAUCAAGUAUUGUAUCCCGAUCGGAGCCUGGUCUUCCUAUCUUCGAUUCACAUCAUGCGCCUGCAGUAGGGAGAGGUUUUUGUUAGAGGAUAAUCCUGUCUCAUGUCAUGUAUCCCCGCCGUCCCCCCACCCCCACCACCCACUGCUAGCGAAGGAUAAUGCUAUUUAAAUGUAUACCCUUGCCGAAGACAAAAGCUUUUCACUCUUUUUGCGCUUUGCUGGACAUGUGUUGUAUCUGAGAUGAGAUAGUUAAUGAUUCGUGUCAAUAAAACAGAGAAAUCUGA